AUGAAGCGGAAAUUGGAUUCCAAUGAUGCGCCAACCGUCGAAGUGCCACGGAACGACGAAGAGGGGGGCGAGUCCUUCGAUUCUUUCCGCCUCGAUCUUCGCCUGACGCAGGCCAUUGCCAAAUCCAACUUCUCGCAUCCGACACCUGUACAGGCCAAAGCUAUACCCCUGGCGCUCGAGGGCAAAGACGUGCUUGCAAAAUCGAAGACAGGGUCGGGGAAGACUGCGGCCUACGUUAUUCCGAUUCUACAAACAAUACUGCGGCGUAAAUCUUCUCCGCUCAGCACCAGGGCCACCACUGCUCUCGUUCUCGUGCCUACUCGUGAACUAGCAGACCAGGUCCACAGGGCGUUCGGCACCUUUGCAGCGUUUUGUUCGAAAGAUGUCCAGUCCCUGAACCUGACGCAACGUCUGUCCGAUGCAGUUCUGAGUGCCGUAUUGCAGGACUCUCCCGAUGUCAUUGUUGCGACUCCGAGCAGAGCGACACAGUACCUCAGCUCCGGGAAACUAUCCAUCGACAGUAUCCAGCAUCUUGUCAUUGACGAAGCCGAUAUUGUUCUCUCGUACGGCUAUGAAGACGAUAUCAACAUCAUUGCCGCCGCACUUCCUCGCGGAGUGCAAACGUUUCUAACCAGCGCCACCCUCACUUCCGAGGUCGAGGAGCUCAAAUCCAUCUUCUGCCGGGACGCAGCAGUGGUCAGGAUAGAUGAAGCGGAAGAGAAGGGUGAGGGUGUUACACAAUACGUGGUGCGCUGUGGAGAGGACGAGAAGUUCUUGCUGAUAUACGUCCUCUUCAAACUGCGUCUGGUGAAGGGCAAGUGCCUUGUCUUCGUGGCGGACGUUGACAGAAGCUAUCGAUUGAAGCUCUAUCUUGAACAAUUUGGUAUCAAGUCGUGCGUGCUGAAUGCGGAGUUGCCGGUAAACUCUCGACUGCAUGUUGUUCAGGAAUUCAACAAGGGACUGUAUGAUAUUCUCAUCGCGGCUGAUGAUCAAGAAGUCCUCGGUGGAGUUAUGAAAAGGCGAAAAUCGCGGGUACAGCCAGACGAUGAGACCAAUGAAAUGAGCGACGAGGAAGGUGAGGACGAGAAAAGGCUAGUGAAGAAAGCAAAGGUUUCGAAGAACGAGAAAGACUUUGGAGUGUCUAGGGGCAUUGACUUCCAGGAGGUCUCCUGCGUGAUUAACUUUGACCUGCCUGCAACUUCAAAGUCAUACACCCACCGCAUAGGCCGGACCGCACGAGCAGGAAAAGCAGGAAUGGCGUUAUCAUUUGUGAUCCCCAAUGACAUGUUUGGCAAGCACAAACCGACGAGCAUUAUAUCGGCCAAGAACGAUGAAAGAGUGCUCGAAAAGAUCAUCGCCCGGCAGGAAAAGAAAGGGAAUGAAGUCAAGCCGUAUCGGUUCGAUAUGUCACAAGUCGAUGCAUUCCGAUAUCGCAUGAAUGAUGCGCUGCGGGCGGUUACUGGGGCUGCAGUGCACGAGGCGCGUGCAAGGGAGAUCAAGCAGGAACUGGUCAAGUCUGAGAAGCUCAGGAAGCAUUUUGAAGAGAAUCCGGAAGACCUGCGGCACCUGAGGCAUGAUGGGGAGCACGGAGCCAUUGUCAGACAACAAGCACACCUGAAGCACGUCCCUGACUAUCUGCUGCCAGCAGCGGGCCGUAAAGCGCUCAGUACUGAGGAGAUGGGGUUUGUCGGAUUCAGGAACGAGAAGAACCGGAAAGGUGACAAGAAACGAGGUGGUCGAAAGCCUCGAUUUGGUGGACGAUCAAAGGGCAAAGUUGAUCCUCUCAAGUCAUUCAGUGCGAAGAAACGACACUGA